ACGUGACCCGGUAUCCAGUGUGCGGCACCCAGCCGGAACUCAAGGACACGUCCGGAGGCCAGGUGCAGCCGCCGUGCCGCCGCCGUCUCUCAGUCGCGCGCCGCGCCGUCGCCGGGACGCCCGUGUCUCCGCUGGCGCCGCCAUGAGCCUGCUGCUGACCCUGCUGUGUGUGAGCGCGCUGCCCGUGGGCCGCUCGGCGCCCUCGCCGCGCCCCUACCCGGCCGUCGAGUUCGACGAGCUGCUGCCGCGCGUGCUCGCCGACGACGUGCUGCUAAUCGAUGUGCGCAACCGCUCUGAGCUGCUGGACCCGGGCCGGAUCCCCAACUCGCUGAACCUGCCGCUACCCGAGCUGGAGCGCGCGCUGGCCAUGUCUCCGGACGAGUUUUUCGAGAAGUACGGCUUCGUGCUGCCGGCGCCGGAUCAGGAGAUGGUGCUGACGUGCCGCUCGGGCCGCCGCAUCCAGACGGCCGCCGCCCGGCUCAUCCCGGACGGCUACACCAACGUGAGACUCUUCUACGACUCGUACAAGGGCUGGGUGGGCCGCGGCGCGCCCGUCUCCCGCCAGCUGGCGCCCGAGGAGCUCGUCAGCCGCCUGGAGGAUGACAACCAGCAGGUCCUCGACCUGCGGCCUCGCGUGGCCAGACGGAAGCGGCAGGUGGGCUACCUGCAGCCGGUGGAGGGCAGCAACGCGCUCUCCAUCGACGAACUCGAUCUGGCCCUGCGCCUGACGCCCGGUCAGUUCAGAGAGAAGUUCGGCUUCGAGAAGCCGCCGCAGGAAGCGCCGCUGACGGUGAUUGCCGAGGACGAGAACCAGACUCUGGACUCGCUGGAGCUACUCAACGGGCACGGCUACUACGACCUGGGCCUGUACUUCGGCCCGCUGCAGGAGUGGCUCCCUGAGAAGGACGCGCCUCUCGUGUCGGGUACCAUCGACACCACGAGUACCAUCGACACAAAGUGAGGCGCGAGAGACCGUGCGCUGUGAGAUGACCAGGAUGGUCGCAACUCGUCUGCUUCGAAAGCUGUUAUGGUUUGGUGUCUCGUUAAUGUAGUGUAGAACAACGAACAGUGCUGCAUCGCCACCAUAUAUGUGGCCGGUAAGGCCCUGACGCGCUAAACGUGCACCCGUGGCAGGUCUCUCAUCUUGCACUCGUCGAUUUCGACACCGGUAUGACCGAGCUGCCACGGCGGACCGACUGCAGAGUCUUAUCUCCCAGAUGGGCGUGAACUGUCAUCGAGGAGUGUGACAAGCAUGUGUUACAUAUUCGUAAAAGAUCUUAUCGUAAUGGGGUGUGUUCUAAAAUCGUUUUGUGUGUGAUUUUUAAUGUUUUUAAAUGAACCAUACAUGCAGAUCUAUACCUAUGUCUUUUGAGUGCAAAAUAGGAAUAGGAUGUCCGUAGCACAUGAAUCGUUGAAAGACGAAUUGUUGAAAGAUUGUUUUGUGAGAGCGAGACCAUAAAAUAUGAUAACUCGGCAGUUAAAAAUGAAUAGUGUAGUUUUCA